GGUUACAGGAGAGACAAAACUGAAAGAACAAGGGAUUACAAAACAAUGGACAUCUACAGGAACCAGACAAAGCAUGAUGGGAUCCUAUCAAUGCUAAACUCUGCUAUUACCACAGAACAUGUCAUUUUCCCAUCCUUUGGCACAGCUGAGUUUUUUGAAUUUGUGUUGAAAAAUCCUUUCAACAAAGAAGAAACCUUUACUAUAGAAAUCACAGAUCCAGAAUUACAUUUAAUUGCAGAUGCCAGGGAGUGGCGGCAUUAUAAACAGUUGUGCCAAUUAAACACACCACUGGAAGAAGGCAUGUUCACGUCUGCCAGUGCUGACAGGAACAAACCACAGAUAUUUCUGAGACCCAAAGAAACAGUGAACAUUCCUCUGAAGUUUCAGACUUUCAGGACGGAUGCAUCUGUUCAGCCUCAGGGACCAGUAAAUCCAUUCACAAAGAGUUCAAAACAGACCCAGCUAGAAAAAACCCAGGAAUCAAGAAUAAUACAGGUUUUAUUCAGAUCUGAAGCCGGAAAGGUGAUGGCCAUUUUGAACGUGAGAGUGGAUCCGCAACCUCAUGUGAUAGAUCAGACUUUUCGCUUUUAUCAUCCAGAAAACUCUUUUCUCAAGAAGUCUGUGAGGCUGCCUCCAUUUCAGACAUUGCCAGGUGGGUCAGUAGGUGGCACAGGGAUUAGUCAGCUGUUUGUGAAAAGCAGUGACGCUAAUGUGAUUUUGGACUGUAAACCUGUUCAACCGGGAGAACCAUACGACAUAUUUAUGAAGGUUGCCCUAGGAGCAUCACCUGUGAUCAAACGAUUUUUUGUGUGCGCAUACAUUGACCCCUUCUUGUCUCGACCGGCUCAAAUAUGGCAGUGCUAUGUGCAUGCCCUGCAGCGUGUGGAUGUCACAUGUGUUGAAGGUCAAAGUUCUCAUUUGAAUCUGCUGCUGAAAGGCACUCAAGCAUCUCGUGUUGUCAAAUGUUUCUCCUCACAUCCUCAAGAACUGCAGAUUUCACCUCAGGAUCCAUUCAUCUUGGCAGCAGGAACAGCUCAUGAGUUGUCAGUAGCUGUCAGACCUCUGGUAGCAGGCAGCAAGUUCUUCUACCUCAACGUUGUGGAUAUAGAAUACCACCAGCUGGUCAGCUCAUGGCUCAUCUGUGCCUCCUGUCGCUCUCCUAUUGUCUCAAGGGCAUUUGAGCUCACCUUGCCAGUAGGGGGAGGUAAGAGUUGCAGUAAGCGUAUCAGCUACACCAACCCCUACCCAGUGGCUAAACGAUUCCACCUGCUCUGUGACAGGAAUGAUUUGCUUCAGUUCAAAGAGUCCAUCCUGGACAUAGACAGUGGUCAGUCUCAUGCCAUUGGUUUGCGGUUCAUGCCGGUCAUGCAGCCUGGGGCUGCAGAAAUUAUGGUCUUUAUCAACAACGAGGAAGACAAGAAUGAAGAGACGUUCAGAAUUACAGCCACUUAUAAGUUUAUGUAG